UUACUUGAGAUACCCUUUCCUUGGGGAGCCAAAUAGAAUUCAUGUAUCUAGAGGUUCUAUUUCUUCAGUUGCUUUUAUGAGGAAGACUGCCGAUCGGAAGGAACCAAGAAGCAGCCAGCGACCAAGAACAGUGACUUCUACUGUGAUGCUUGUAAAGGAAUGCCAAGGUUUAGGAAAAAAGGGCUCUUCUUUAGGACAGUUUGGUCUACUUUACCCACAAGAUGUCGAGGUUAAUAAGGAAAAUGCAAGAAGAGUCAACCAAACAUGUGGUUUAUACAGGAACCCCAGAGUUCAUUGCAAAGCAGCUACCUCUGGAGAUUUUUCAAGCAGUGCUCCUGGUCAGAUGAGCCAAUAUGAGAGAAUAAUUGAAAUAUUGACGACUCUGUUUCCCGUAUGGGUCAUUUUAGGUACCAUUAUUGGCAUUUACAAGCCUGCAAUGGUAACUUGGUUAGAAACAGAUCUAUUUACUGUUGGUUUGGGUUUCCUCAUGCUUUCAAUGGGAUUAACUCUGACAUUUGAUGACUUCAAACGAUGCUUGCGCAAUCCUUGGACUGUGGGUGUAGGAUUUUUAGCUCAAUACCUCAUCAAGCCAAUGUUGGGCUUUUUCAUUGCAAUGACGCUGAAACUGUCUGCUCCCCUGGCAACUGGACUUAUUUUGGUUUCAUGUUGUCCUGGAGGCCAAGCAUCAAAUGUUGCAACAUAUAUAUCUAAAGGCAAUGUUGCUCUAUCAGUUCUCAUGACAACUUGUUCAACUAUUGGUGCUAUUGUGAUGACUCCACUCCUGACUAAGCUUCUGGCAGGUCAACUGGUGCCUGUUGACGCGGCUGGCCUAGCUAUCAGCACUUUUCAGGUUGUGUUAGUCCCAACAAUUAUUGGGGUUUUAUCAAAUGAAUUCUUCCCAAAAUUCACCUCAAAAAUAGUUACAGUUACACCUUUAAUUGGAGUUAUCCUGACCACCCUCCUCUGCGCUAGCCCGAUUGGGCAAGUUGCAGAUGUCCUGAAAACUCAGGGAGCGCAGUUAUUACUCCCAGUGGCCCUCCUACAUGCUGCAGCAUUUUUUCUCGGUUAUUGGCUAUCAAAAAUAUCGUUCGGUGAAUCAACCUCCAGGACCAUUUCCAUAGAAUGUGGAAUGCAGAGUUCCGCGCUCGGAUUUCUAUUGGCCCAGAAGCACUUCACAAAUCCUCUUGUGGCCGUACCCUCUGCGGUUAGCGUCGUUUGCAUGGCGCUGGGUGGAAGUGCUCUUGCUGUGUUCUGGAGAAACCAGCCAAUUCCAAUUGAUGACAAGGACGAUUUCAAGGAAUAGGAACUCAAAUUGGCUAUUGGUAUUCUGGAGGUAUAUAUGAAUGUGGUCUAGCAAUGAGGCUACCAUACCUUCUGGAUUGCUUCAAUCAAGUUUUUAGCUUUAGGAACCAGAAACUAAGGAUUGUUUUGCGAAACUUAAUUUGUGUUUUAUGAGUGUAGGGAUGCAAUUUUCACUUGUUUGGCCUAAGUUGCGUUACGAGAUUAUAUCAAUAUGCGAUCAAUACAUCAAUAUAACAAAAAAAGAUAUAAUAAAUUAACAUUAAGUAA